CGGAAGUUGGGGACCGGACUGGUUUCACAGUUUCUCACUCCAAAACCGAGCAUGCGCAGUCGGCAUUCGGUGUGAAAUUGUUGUUUAGCCACCUGAUGUCUGAUCAGAACCGAGCCAGAACUUUAAACGUGAAUCGAUCCGAGAGGAGCAGCGGGAGGAAGGGGCGGCUGAUGGUGGACAGAGGAGCGGAGAGGAACGGAGCGGAGAGGCGGAAGUAGCAGGAGGUGAAGACCUCUCCGGUCGUCAUGGAGACAGCUGGAGACCCUGGAGACGUCCAGGCCCGGCAGUGCGGGACCUGUGACGGCGCCUCGGCCUCCUGCUGGUGUGUGGACUGCAGCGAAGCUCUGUGUGACGCCUGCCUGGCGGCUCAUCGCCGGGUCACCCUGACCCGAUCCCACCGCGUUCUGAACCGGCAGCCUGAAGGACCCAGUUUGGUUUUUCCCACCAAGUUCUGCAGAAUCCACCCGUCUGAGGAGCUGAAGCUGUUCUGCUUCAGCUGCUGCCAACUCACCUGCAGGGACUGUCAGCUGGCGGACCACCAGAACCACAGGUUCGACUUUGUCAGCAAAGCGGUGGCAAGUGUGAAGAAGCAGCUGGACGCCUGCAUGCAGCCAUUCAGAGCGCAGAUGGACGCGUCCAGGAGGAGCCUGCAGGACAUGGAGACCAGGCUGCAGGUUCUGACCCGCUGCGAGUCCUUCAUGACCUCCAAGCUGCAGAAACACGUCAACACGCUGAUGGAGCUGCUGAAGAAAAGGUUUGAGGAGAUCAUCAAGCAGAUCCAGGUCGUCUACAACGUGGAGCGCAACCUGAUCAGCAGGAAGAUGGAGAAGGUGAAGCAGCUGCAGCAGAGCCACGUUCCUCUGACUGAAGCAGCAGAAAAGGCCAGAAGCACCACCAACCUGCCCACCCUGGUGGGCUGCAUAUCCCAGAUCACCUCCCAGAUGAAGGACCUGGUAGACGAGGACUCGCGUCCUCCUUCCAAGAUGCUUGACGUGAAGGUCAUCACCGACAGACACUCUGUGGAGGGAAUCCUGAAUUUCGGUAAACUCCACGUCUCCUGGAUCCCUUUCUCCGCACCACCAUCCUCUUCCUCCCUGCUUCCUGCUCCGCCCACCUCCACCUGCCGACCCUUGACCUGCAGCACUGCCUCUACCAACAGCAGUUCUGUUGCUGCUCCUCCAGCUGGCUCCACCAGCACCUUCGUCAGAAUCGGUCCUUUCUCUGGGUCUGGUACCGCUGCUUCCUCAGCUCCAUCCGUCAGGAUUAGCCUCUCUACUCCUCCACCUUCUUCCUCUUCUUACCCUUCCUCAUCUGGGGACCCCAUGUCGAACUUCAUAGAGAACAAUAAGGCAGUUCUUCCUCCCAAGUCUUCCUCCAUCAGUAAGCUGGACCCAAGCUGUGGUUCCUGGGGUCCAGCCCAGAUAACCAGAGUUCCCUCUACCAACAACUCACUUCCUGUUCCUGCUUCCACCUCACUUCCUGCUUCCACCUCACUUCCUGCUUCCACCUCACUUCCUGCUUCCACCUCACUUCCUGUUCCUGCUUCCACCUCACUUCCUGUUCCUGCUUCCACCUCACUUCCUGUUCCUGCUUCCACCUCACUUCCUGUUUCUGGUUUAAUCUCACUUCCUGUUCCUGCUUCUACCUCACUUCCUGUUUCUGGUUUAAUCUCACUUCCUGUUCCUGCUUCCACCUCACUUCCUGUUCCUGCUUCCACCUCACUUCCUGUUUCUGGUUUAAUCUCACUUCCUGUUCCUGCUUCUACCUCACUUCCUGUUUCUGGUUUAAUCUCACUUCCUGUUCCUGCUUCCACCUCACUUCCUGUUCCUGCUUCCACCUCACUUCCUGUUCAUGCUUCCACCUCACUUCCUGUUCAUGCUUCCACCUCACUUCCUGUUCCUGCGGUGGUUAAGUCCAAAGCCGCUCAGGACAUUGAAGCCAGGAACCCAUUCCUCUGGAGCCUCCUCAGUCAGUCGUCCUCGUCCUCUUCGUCUCAGGCCAGUCCGUCUCCGCCUUCCUCAGGUCCGGUUCGUGGUCAGAGUUCAUCCAGUUGCUCCUCUGCCUCGUUGACUUCAGACAUUCGCCUCCAAACCUCGACCACCAAAGGUCCUGAAAGGGUGGCAGACCGAUCUGAAGGAGCAAAGCCUGCUGGGAAACGGGACAUGGAGCCCUCCAGAGGUUUUGAUUCUGCGGUCAGGAUCAAUGUUCUGACCAAGUCCCAGCUGGAGUCCAGCUCAGACAAACUGUUUGUCAAGUUUCAGUGGAUGAAGAAGAACUCCAAGUCUUCUAAGUCCACUAUUUCUCCAAAAAUAAAGAGAUUACACUCUGGGAAACGGCCUCAGAAGAUUCAGAACCAGCCUGGCAGUCCGGUCCAAAAACUGAACCGCCAGGCUGGAGGCAUGGAGUCUUCGUCCUCCAUGCCCUCUGUUCCUCCGUUCCCAUCCACCAAUCUGGUCUUCCCCAAGGCGGUUUCCACAGCAGCUCCGCCCACCAACAUUCAGCCGUCGCCUCGUCUCAAUCAGCAGGUUCUCGGCCAGAACCCGCCUACCAUGCUGCUGCUGACCAACACGAGCCAGACUCCUGUGACUGGCUUCGGUUCUGGUUCCCCCUCUUCGGUCUCGGCCGGUCCUCGAACUCCUCCAGGGAAUGACCCGUCUGUCCGGUGGAGGCCAGAGAUCCAGAACCUUCCUGAAUCCAACAACCUGCAGCUCCUAGAAUGUCUCAUCUCCGAGGUUGGACUUCCUUCCUCUGUCCCGAAAGACCAGCAGCAGAAUCCUGCUUCAAAGCAGAGGGGCAAACGAAAGGAACCAAACAGACCGGUACAAGCUUCUUCACCAUUAGAGUGCAGAUCAUCUGACCCAACCAGGACUGGAGCUUCGGAACAGGACCUCAUUGUGGUGCUGUCAGACGACGAGUCGCUGCCUGACGUGUAUGAGGUUCGACCCAGCGUUGAGGAGGUCCGGUCGUUUCUUCCUCCAGUUACUGUUGGAGGUUCAGAUGUUGAGAUCAAGAUUGUUGAGACCAAACCUCCAGGGGACGAGUCCAAACCGAGAACAUUCAAGUUUAUAGAAAGGGACAUCUUUGAUGAAGCAGCUUCACCGGCCGUGUCGGAGGACAGGAUGUCCACUGCCUUGUCUGAAGUACCUGAACUAGGACUCAAACUGUCUUCCUCUGAAACAUCUGACAGCGACGAUGAAGACCCGCUGAGCAUUAGGACUGAACAGCCGGACUGCGGUCAGCUCUGCUGGCAGCCCUCCGUGUCUCUGCUGAGACUUCCCCUGUCCCUGCCUGGACCUGGACGGCCCCUGCCUCGCUACCAUUUCAUCCUGGGAGACAAGCAGGACGAGCUGUACCUGCAGGAGAUGGAGGAGGACACUCAGUCCAGCGAUGAGGACGUCUCAGAGAUCGUCUCUGACCACGACUCUGACGUCACCGAAGACUUUACCGUUCUUCACUCUACAGAGUCUCCACUGUCCCUGGAGGUCAUUUCCUGUGCCGCUUGUGGAUCAUCCAGUGCAUCAAAGAUCUGCACCGUCUGCGGUCGGGGGUACCACAGAGACUGCCACGUCCCUCCGUUUGGACCGGACAUCUGGUCGGAGCUGGUCUGCUCGCUCUGUCAGGACCUGUCGGACCCUUCGGACCCCUACAGCUCCGACAGACUCGAGAGUCCACACGGUUCUUCCCUCAGCCUGCAGGACCAGCGGAGAUGUGAGACUCUCCUGCUGCACCUGAAGGUCGAAGGCUGCAGACACUUUUCUCAGUUGGACCUCUGGUCUGACCUCAUGAUCGUAUCGGAGCGUCUGAGCCACCAUCUCUCCCCUCCCUAUCAAACGCCUGGGCAGGUAGUGUCGGACCUCUGGGAUUUGUUCAGCGACGCCUCACAGGGCAACGCUUUAAUGGAGCUGCAGCAGAGCUUUCAGAAGAGGCUGGUGGAAACGCUGGGAUCAGAACUUCCUCCUUCACUGCUGAAGGCUCCGCCGCAUGGAAACGCCCCGCCCCCUCGUGGAAACGCCCCGCCCCCUCAUGGAAACGCCCCGCCCCCUCGUGGAAACGCCCCGCCCCCUCGUGGCCCAAUGGACUCUGGAGAAAACUUGCUGUCCGAAUCACAGGUGAAAGUUCUGAAGAAGAGGCUGAAGGACCUGCUGGACCUGAAGGGACCGGCUGCAGCCAAGAGGCCAAAGAGCGUAAAUCCUGGAGACCAGACGGAUCAGAUGUGAAAAAUGUAACUAAUCCAUCAUUUAAAACUUCAAACAUU